AUGGCGCCUCCGGCGGUCUUGAUGGUAGGUACGGGCGAAUACACCACAGGCUUUGUAUCAGGCGCAGCUUCAACGUCGGACAAGAAAGUAGGCGUCGUCGGGCUGACUCUCUUCGAUUUACGUCGGCGAGGAAAAGUUUCAGACCUAUCCAUGGCAGGUGUAUCGGGCCAAAAGUUCCCUGCCAUCAGACAGCACUUGCAGAAGAACAUCUCAGAAGCCUACAACGGGCUAGACGUGUCGUUCAAGUCAUUCCCCUCAGACGACAAAUCCGACCCCGAAGCAUACAAAGCAGCCAUUGACGCUCUGCCCAAAGGUUCCGCCGUGACCAUUUUCACACCGGACUCAACGCACUACGACAUAGCCAAAUACGCCAUCGAGCACGGCAACCACGUCCUCAUCACCAAACCCGCGACCAAACUGCUCUCGCACCAUCUCGAGCUCGUCUCUCUGUCCCAGAAACACAAUGUCUUCGUGUACAUCGAGCACCACAAACGUUUCGACCCAGCGUAUGCGGACGCCAAGUUCCGGUCCCGCAACCUCGGCGACUUCAACUACUUCUACAGCUACAUGUCGCAGCCCAAGUCGCAGCUAGCCACGUUCAAGGCCUGGGCAGGCAAGGAGUCGGAUAUCUCGUACUACUUGAACUCGCACCACGUGGACGUUUGCGAGUGGAUGGUCAGGGACGCAGGAUGGCGUCCCGCAAGCGUGAGGGCAAGCGCGAGUCUUGGUAUUUCGGAGGAAGUGGGAUGCGUCAAAGGCACCGAAGACACCAUCACGUUGCUGGUCGAUUGGGUGCGGAGCAGCGACGAGAAGCGCGCCACGGGAAUUUACACGGCUAGCUGGACCGCGCCGAUGAACGCGGGAGUGCACUCGCAGCAGCAUUUCCACUAUGUCGCGUCCCAAGGUGAAGUCAAUGUCAAUCAAGCGAAGCGCGGGUAUGAUGUCGUCGAUGAGAACGAUCAUUCUGGUAGUUCGCUGAAAUGGUAUAAUCCAUUUUACAUGCGAUAUGCGCCUGAUGAGGAAGGGAACUUCAAUGGACAGAGCGGGUAUGGCUAUGUGAGCUUCGAGAAGUUUAUUGAUGGCGUGACGGCGGUGAAUGAGGGCCGGCUCAGUCUCGAGGACUUGGAUAAGAGGGGCUUGCCUACGUUGAAGAACACGGUCAUGACGACGGCGAUCCUUGAGGCAGGUAGGAUAAGUCUAGAUGAGGCUUAUAGGUCGGUUCAGAUCCUGGGCAAGGGAGACAAGAUCGAGUUGAUAUAG